CAGCUGCGACCAUCCACACUUGCAGCGGCUUCAGCCUUGUUUCGAGGGCAGAUUAAAUGUGGCACGUUUAAAGAUAUUUACGCCAAGCGUACAAAUAACUAAGCAUUACGAUUAUCGCCUGGUCGGCUAGCCGGGUCACCUGAGAAAACCUGAGAAAGCGCCGAGACUGAGCAGUUGACUUGGGGGAAGGAAUUCAGCAGAGCAAAGAUGGCGGCCUCCUUGCUCAGGAUAGGACGACUUAGUUCGCUCAAGGGUGUGCAGGGUGUGGGCUGGGGUGCUUUUAGAAGAGCGCCAGCAGUAACAUUCAGUUCAAAAUCUGGAGAUGGCAAGAAAACCACAAAAAAGAACAGCACAAAAAAGUCCGCGCCUAAAACGUACUUCGAUAUAGAAAAACUUGUCCAGCACAGGACGUAUGUGGAAUUCCCCAAGAAGGAGGUUGCAGCUGCUGCUGCAGCUGCAGCUGCACAAGCUGCGGCUGCACCUCCUCCACCUGCAGCGGAGCCUGUCGCUUCUGAACCGGUUGUGGCUGCCACAGCUGCUCCUGUGGCAGAGGCGCCGGCAGCCACUGAGGCCGCAACUCCUGCUCCGGAAGCUCCAGCUGCAGAAGCCGCUGCCCCUGAAGCCCCUGCUGCUGAAGCCGCACCAGCUGCAGAAGCUGCUGCCCCAGAAGCCGCACCAGCUGCAGAAGCUGCUGCCCCAGAAGCCGCACCAGUUGCAGAAGCUGCUGCCCCAGAAGCCGCUCCGGCUGCAGAAGCUGCUGCCCCAGAAGCCGCUCCGGCUGCAGAAGCUGCUGCCCCAGAAGCCGCUCCGGCUGCAGAAGCUGCUGCCCCAGAAGCCGCUCCGGCUGCAGAAGCUGCUGCCCCAGAAGCCGCUCCGGCUGCAGAAGCUGCUGCCCCAGAAGCCGCUCCGGCUGCAGAAGCUGCUGCCCCAGAAGCUGCCCCUGAAGCCCCAGCUGCAGAAGCCGCUCCGGCUGCAGAAGCUGCUGCCCCAGAAGCCCCUGCUGCCGAAGCUGCUCCGGCUGCAGAAGCUGCUGCCCCAGAAGCCGCUCCGGCUGCAGAAGCUGCUGCCCCAGAAGCCGCUCCGGCUGCAGAAGCUGCUGCCCCAGAAGCCGCUCCGGCUGCAGAAGCUGCUGCCCCAGAAGCCGCCCCGGCUGCAGAAGCUGCUGCACCAGAAGCUGCCCCUGAAGCCCCAGCUGCAGAAGCUGCCCCUGAAGCCCCAGCUGCCGAAGCUGCGCCUUCUCAAGAGAUUAUAGCUGAAACCCCAGCAGUAGAAGCUGUCGCUGAGGUAGUUGCUGAAGCUGUAGCUGAAGCUGUGGCUGAAGCCAUCCCUGCUGAGGCGGUGGCAGAAGUGGUUGAAGCUGUUGCAGAAGUGGUUGCAGAAGUUGUUGCAGAGGCAGUUCCAGUUGAAGCUGCAGUUGAAGCUGCCCCUGCAGAGGAAAUAGUAGACCCCGCGCCUGUUAUUGCUGAAGCUGCAGACACCCCAGCUAUGGCAGAAGUCGUGGAAGCGCCUGAGGCUGGAUUGGACCCCAUUCAGAAACUCUUCCUGGACUCAAUCCGCGAGUACUCCACAAAAAGCCAGACUUCGGGUGGUCUAGUUGAUGCGGGAGCUGAAUAUGAGAAGGCUUUGGCGGAGGAAAUGGCCAAGUUGCAGCGGUUGUAUGGUGGUGGUGAUCUGACCACGUUCCCAGACUUCAAAUUCCCUGAGCCCAAAUUGGAUGAAGUCUCCAAAUAAACAUCAGUAUAUUUUUCAUCGUUGUUCUCCCGUGUGCCUCUCCCACAAUGCAGUUUAGUGAAAGUUUAAUAAUUUACGUUGUCUGUCAGAAUUUAACCUCUUUGUCAUACAUUUUUACUGGAACUCACUUUUUUUUUUCAAUACCGUGGCUAUGGGAAUAAACUUGCAUAUAUACUGAAUGCACCAUUUGGAAGAAGAGUUGUAGCCUAGCUGUGAAGUAAUGUAUGCGUUUGCACACAGUAAUAAUGGGUGAAGAGAUUGUAUGAUAUGUCUGGGGAACCAACUGAAUAAAUCCUGAUCCACA